AUGGCUGACACCACGCUGAGUGCAGGGGAUAACCCUAUCUUUGCUGUGGCCAGCCUCUCUGAGGUGCAGCUCCUCAGGGACCCCAGGAAGAAGUACUACAAACUCCACCCCUUAGUGGCUGAAAUAGUGGAUUCAUGCCUACAGAUCGAUCCUGCUGACAGGGCUACGUGCUCCAUGUUGCUCAUUCACCGAUGCUUCUCCAAAGACGGGUUCCCUGAAAGAUUCAAACCAGAGAUACAGGCGUUGAUAUUGAAAGAUGCCGAGGUCAAUAGCAUGCACAGGAUCCACAGUGGCUUGUGGGAGGCACCAGAGGAGCAGGGAGCAGUAGUCCCAUGCUCAUGUAACAGAAAACCAGUGAAGGUAUAAACUACAUUGACCCUUAGUCAUUUAGCAUAUUCUUACCCAGAGCAUUUUAUCAUCUGUAUGUGCAAUAAAGGGGCUGAGCAACUAUGUAAAUACAAGUCAAAGCCUAUAUACUGUGCUAUAGAAAUGAUUG